AUGGCCGAUCCAAAUCAAAACAUUAUAUGUGCUCCGGACGAUUGUGCGAUAAAGAUUAUUAAAUGGAAAGUGCGCGAAGGUUUUCCGGUAACUAUCGGCAGCAUUAUACUGUUCUACGAGUUAUUGGAAGGAAGUGAUAAAGAAGUGAAGCGUCUGAAGACGACAAAAAGUGGCGUCGUAAAGAAACGCUUAGCGCGAGAAGGCGCGACUGUGGCGAAAGGAAAGCCGGUACUCGAGCUAGGUCAAUGCAGCCACACAACAGUUAUCAAGGACAUGUGCGCCGAUUGCGGGGCAGACCUUCGCCAAGAUGAACCUAGCAGUUGUUCCAAGGCUUCGGUACCGAUGAUUCAUUCCGUACCGGAGCUGAAAGUAACGGAAACAUUGGCCAAAAAGCUCGGGCAAGCCGACACUGAGCGACUGUUGAGUGACAAAAAAUUAGUCUUGCUAGUGGAUCUUGAUCAAACGCUAAUUCACACCACAAAUGAUAACGUGCCAAACAAUUUAAAGGAUGUAUAUCACUUUCAAUUGUAUGGUCCGAACUCGCCGUGGUAUCACACGAGGUUAAGGCCCGGAGCACUAGAAUUUUUAGCUAAAAUGCACCCCUACUAUGAGCUCCACAUAUGCACGUUUGGUGCGCGCAAUUACGCGCACAUGAUUGCCCAGUUCCUAGACAAGGAUGGAAAGUUCUUUUCCCAUCGCAUUUUGUCUCGCGAUGAAUGUUUUAACGCGACUAGUAAGACAGACAAUUUAAAGGCAUUGUUUCCAUGCGGUGAUUCCAUGGUGUGUAUUAUCGAUGAUCGGGAAGACGUGUGGAAUAUGGCUGCAAAUUUGAUACAGGUUAAACCGUAUCAUUUUUUCCAACACACUGGGGACAUAAACGCUCCGCCAGGAAUGUCGAAGAACGAGCUUGAUGGAAAAGGUGUUGACUUCAAGGAGUUAAUGAAUCAAUCGAUGAAAGAGAAAAAAACAAAAGACACAGAAGACGAGGGUAGACCACCAACCCCUAAAAUUCAGACACCGGAAGACAAACAGCAAACGUGUGAUAAAAGCAUGCCAGAAGAUGUGUUGAACGACAAUGAUGGACAAACAAAUAUAAACCCUGUAGAAAAAAAAUUACUAAGUGGGCAUGUUGAUAAUGAAACGAAGGAUAUAAAAGAAAAGCAAACUGACACUGUUACGGAUGACGUAAGCAAUAAGCGAGAUGAAAAGGUGGCCCCGAUACAGGAUGCUGUUUCAUCAGAAGACAAAAAUGAAGAUGGGACUGGAGGGAAAAAACAAUCGACCGACGAGGAUAUCCGAACUGAAGCGAAACGUGAGGAUGAUAUAAAAGAAGUCCAUAAUGAGUCGUCGACACAAGAGGAUCUUGCUGCUGUAGAUAAAGAACCCGAUUCAGAAGAUUCUACCAAAGUGAACGCUUGUAUUAAAGAGGAUGAAAAAGAGCUACUUGAGAUAGAGGAUCCGGACGAUUAUCUGCUUUACCUCGAACAUAUACUGUUGAAGAUUCACGAAACAUUCUACGAAGAAUACGAUAAAACAAAGGAUAUCUCCGAUUUGAAACAGCUCAUACCUAAGGUUAAAGCGCGGGUUCUCGUGGGGACACGGCUUUGCUUUUCCGGGCUUAUACCGAAUAAUGUAAAAUUGGAACAAAGCAAGGCUUAUCUGAUAGCGCGCAGCUUAGGAGCGGUUGUAUCACAAAACCUGGAACCAACGACAACGCACCUCGUUGCGGUCACCAUCGGAACGUCAAAGGUAAACAAUGCGCGAAAAAAUGCUAAAAUAAAAAUCGUCACCCCAGAGUGGCUAUGGUCGUGUGCGGAACGUUGGGAGCACGUGGAAGAGGUUUUGUUUCCGCUGAAAGCAUCAAAUCCGGCCAAAAUGCGACAACCGCCUCCACAUUGCCACAGCCCAGAGCACGUCGUUAGCUAUGGGACAAUGUCAAAGUGUCGGGAAGAGCCCAAGUUCAUGGACACCGUUAAUCCGCUGUUGAGCUUUUCAAACGAUGACCUUGAUGCAAUGAAUAACGAUUUUGAUAACUUUUUCGAAUCGGACGAUAGUUCUAGUGAUGAAGAACCAGUGGACAUCGAGAAUCCUCCCAUGGAAAAAUCACUGCGAAAGCGUAAACGCGUAGAGGAGAUCGAAACCAACCGUGGACGACAUAACAUAUUCCGGAAGCGAACCGAAGAGGAAGAGAAAGAAAACAGCCUAAUUCUUGAACAGGAUAAUGUUGAAAAUAAUGACGAAAAUAGUCAAACAAAUGCUUCUUCGGACGAUGAUGACGAGAGUCCGAGUGCGAAAUUCCGCCGCGGAGGAGAUUUGCCAUCGGAUUUAGAUAUGGGAUCGAAUAGCGAAGGAAGCAAUGAGCCGAUUGAUGAUGUUGAUGACGGUGAUUGGAAUAUGAUGGGUGCAGCGCUGGAAAGAGAAUUUCUUGGUUUGGAUGAUUAGGUCAGAAUUUCACACUAGAGUACAAUGUAAAGUCGUGUACAAAAGUACAUAAAAGGAUUAUGAAUAAAAAAGCACACAUUCUGUAGA